CGGUACGCGCCCACUCGUCACUCUCCAUCGAGCAUCAGCACACCACCAUGAACGCCUCCAACUCCCGCAUUUCCGCCAUGUCAUUCCAGGCCGAGCGCGAAAUGUACACCGGCUCCUCCAUGGGCAGCAGUGGCAUCAAGGCCUUGAGGGCCGGCAGCGUUUACGGGGGCGCGGGUGGCUCCAACGUGCGCAUCUCAUCGGCGGGCAUGGGCGGCAGCUACUCCUCCAUCACCGUGUCCGGGAACAACGCAGUGAUAGGCAACGAGAAGUUUGCCAUGCAGAACCUGAACGACCGGCUGGCCACCUACCUGGAAAAGGUGCGCUCCCUGGAGAAGUCCAAUGCGGAGCUGGACUUGAAGAUCCGUCAGUUCCUGGACAGUCGGGUUGGCCCAGCCAGCCGCGACUACGCUGCCUACUUUGCCACCAUCGCCGACCUGAACGCCAAGAUCCUGGAUGCCACCCGGAUGAACGGCGCGGUCCACCUGAGCAUCGACAACGCAAGACUGGCGGCAGAAGACUUCAAAACUAAGUUCGAAAACGAGCUGGCCAUGCGGCUGUCGGUGGAGGCCGACAUCGCGGGACUGCGUCGGGUUUUGGACGAGCUAACCCUGACCAGGUCCGACCUGGAGAUGCAGAUUGAAGGCCUGAAGGAGGAGCUUGUCUUCCUCAAGAAGAACCACGAGGAGGAGCUGUUGGCGUUGCGCAGUCACAUGAGCGGUCAGGUGAACGUGGAGGUCGACGCAGCCCCAGGUCAGGACUUGGCAGCCAUGAUGGCCGAAAUCCGGGAACAUUACGAGGGCAUCACGGCCAAGAACAACAGAGAUUUGGAGGCCUGGUUCAACGCCAAGACGGAGGAGCUCAACAAAGAAGUGCAGACACAGACAGUGAGCUUGCAGACGUCCAGGUCAGAGGUCAACGAAGUGAAACGGAGGAUGCAGGCGCUCCAGAUUGAACUGCAGUCCAUGUUGGGCAUGAAAGCCUCGCUGGAGGGAACGCUGGCCGAGACGCAGAAUCGGUACUCCGUGAUGCUGUCAAGCUUCCAGAUGCAGGUGUCCUCGCUGGAGGAGCAGCUGACUCAGCUGCGGGCUGACUUGGAGCGCCAACGUCAGGAAUACCAAAUGCUCCUGGACCUCAAGACGCGUCUAGAGAUGGAGAUUGCAGAGUAUCGCCGCCUGCUGGAGGGCGAGACCGUCACCAGUGCUUCCGCCGGCUCGACAUCCUCAAGCUCGAGCAAGCGCGUGGUGACGGUGGUAGAGAAGGUGGUAGACGGCAAGGUGGUCACCUCGUCCUCCAAUACCUCGUCUUUCAUGUCUCGCUGACAUCAACGUUGUCGUGAACAAACUCGACAAUAAAGAGCUGAAAUGAUAA